AUGUCAGCCGUGCUCAUCGAGCUGGAUCGGCUCCCCUCAGCUGAGACUGGGAGCAAGGAGGGCUCCUGCCCGGGAUCUAAGGAAGGGGAAUGCAGGGAAGCGUGUGCUGAGCCUGCCAGUGCUCAGCUGCGCUGCUCAUACUCUGCUCCAGCUGGCAUGAAUACAAGCAAGAGUGAGACRGUGAAAGAGCACCCGUUAAAGCCUUCUCGAAGAUCGAUGCCAUGCCUAGCGCAGAGCCAGACGCACCCUCAGAGCCUCACCAAACAUUCCUCCUUCCUGCAGCCCAACCGGGUGCAGCCCCAGCCGCUCAGCGCGGGGACGUCCACGGCCACGGUGGACGUGGUGUCGGAGCGAGCUAAGGUGAUGGAGACGUUGGAAAACAACUUGCUCAAACUGUCUAAUACAGAAUACAGUGAUCCAUUUUUAGAGGCAGGAAAGGCCAAAGAAACGUACACAGAAGACUCGGAACAUGGGAAUUACGACACCCGCACAGAUCAGUCCCUGCUCAUUCAAAGCAGACUCGCCCGGCAGAAAACAGAACCUCGGACCAAAUCGUCUUUAAAGAGUGAAACGAAUGCCAUGGCAUCCUCAGGCCUCUUCUUCAAAGAUGGCAAGAAACGCAUUGAUUACAUCUUGGUCUACAAAAAGUCAAGUCCACAGGUAGAGAAAAGAAGCACGUUUGAGAAGAACUUGCGAGCUGAGGGCUUGAUGCUGGAAAGGGAGCCAGCUGUUACAAACAGUGAUAUCAUGUUUGUUAAAAUUCACUGUCCAUGGGAGACAUUGUGCAAGUAUGCAGAAAGAAUGAACAUCAGGAUGCCUUUCAGGAAAAAAUGUUAUUACACUGACUGGAGGAGCAAAACCAUGGGCAGCUUGCAGAGGAAUAUGAGAGAGCUGAAAAGCUGGCUGCCCAGAAAUCCGAUGAAGCUGGAUAAGGAGGCGCUGCCGGAUCUGGAGGAGACAGAUUGCUACACGGCCCCCUUCAGCCGCGCGCGCAUCCACCAUUUUACCAUAAACAAUAAAGACAGCUUCUUCAGCAACUCCACCCGAAGUAGAAUAGUGCAUCACAUGCUACAGAGGACAAAGUAUGAAGAUGGCAAAUCCAAAAUGGGUAUUAAUAGAUUACUAAAUAAUGGAACAUAUGAAGCUGCAUUUCCUCCUCAUGAGGGGAGCCACAAAAGCAGACAUCCCAUCAAAACACACGGAGCGCAGAAUCACAGGCACCUGUUAUACGAGCGCUGGGCACGGUGGGGAAUGUGGUACAAAUACCAACCUCUGGAUUUAAUCAGGCGAUACUUUGGUGAAAAAAUUGGGCUGUAUUUUGCCUGGUUGGGAUGGUAUACUGGAAUGCUUAUCCCCGCUGCCCUUGUUGGGCUCUUUGUUUUCCUUUAUGGUUUAUUUACAAUGGAUUCCAGCCAAGUAAGCAAAGAGAUCUGCGAGGCAAACGAAACCAUCAUGUGUCCUAUGUGCGAACGCAACUGCACGCUCCAGAAGCUCAAUGAAAGCUGCAUGUACGCCAAGGUUACACAUUUGUUUGAUAAUGGAGGGACUGUCUUCUUUGCUAUUUUCAUGGCAAUUUGGGCUACAGUAUUUCUGGAGUUUUGGAAAAGACGGAGAGCAGUAUUAACCUAUGACUGGGAYCUGAUAGACUGGGAAGAUGAAGAGGAAGAACUGCGCCCCCAGUUUGAAGCUAAAUAUUCCCAAGUGGAAAGAGUGAAUCCGAUCACAGGAAAACCUGAACCUUUCCAGCCUUUCCCUGAUAAGCUCAGUCGACUGAUGGUGUCUGUCUCAGGAAUAUUCUUCAUGAUUUCCCUGGUACUCACUGCAGUGUUUGCAGUUGUGGUGUAUCGUCUGGUAGCUAUGGAGCAGUUUGCAUCAUUCAAGUGGUAUUUCAUCAAAAAGUACUGGCAGUUUGCAACGUCUGGCACYGGAGUCUGUAUCAAUUUUAUGAUCAUCAUGUCACUCAACGUGGUAUAUGAAAAGGUUGCCUACCUCCUGACGGAUUUAGAGCACCCUCGAACGGAAUCCGAGUGGGAAAACAGCUUUGCCUUGAAAAUGUUCCUCUUCCAGUUUGUCAACUUGAACAGUUCUAUCUUUUAUAUUGCUUUUUUCCUUGGCAGAUUUGCAGGCCGCCCAGGGAAGUACAACAAGCUUUUUAACAGAUGGAGGCUGGAAGAGUGCCAUCCGAGCGGCUGCUUGAUAGAUCUGUGUUUGCAGAUGGGAGUUAUUAUGGUUUUGAAACAAAUGUGGAACAACUUCAUGGAACUGGGCUAUCCGUUACUACAGAACUGGUGGUCAAGACGCAAAAUGAAGAAAGGAGGGCAAUUAAUGGAACAUAAGAUUUCUCUACCUCAGUGGGAAAAAGAUUGGAAUCUGCAGCCUAUGAAUCUCCAUGGCUUAAUGGAUGAAUAUUUAGAGAUGGUUUUACAGUUUGGCUUUACCACCAUCUUUGUUGCUGCCUUCCCCCUGGCACCUCUCCUGGCAUUGCUAAACAACAUCAUAGAAAUAAGGUUAGAUGCAUACAAAUUUGUCACCCAGUGGCGGAGACCUAUGCCGGCAAGAGCAACAGAUAUAGGUAUCUGGUACGGGAUUCUGGAAGGAAUUGGAGUUCUGGCUGUCAUCACCAAUGCCUUUGUUAUUGCCAUUACUUCGGAUUACAUUCCGCGCUUCGUCUAUGCAUACAAAUACGGCCCCUGCACGGAUCAGGGAUACAGACAAGAAAAAUGCCUAAAAGGAUAUGUCAACAGCAGCUUAUCAGUGUUUGAUCUGAGUGAGCUUGGGAUGGGCUACUCUGGAUAUUGCCGGUACAGGGAUUACAGAGCACCGCCGUGGAGUUCGACUCCAUAUGAAUUCACUUUGCAGUUCUGGCAUGUCCUGGCGGCACGGCUGGCUUUCAUUAUCGUAUUCGAGCACCUUGUUUUUGGAAUCAAGUCUUUCAUUGCCUACCUGAUUCCAGACAUGCCCAAAGACUUAUGUGACCGCAUGAGGCGAGAGAAAUACUUGGUCCAGGAAAUGAUGUACGAGGCUGAGCUGGAGCACUUGCAGAAGGAGCGGAAGAAGAACGGGAAGCAGUAUCACCACGAAUGGCCUUAGCUGACACCACGCUGCAACAAAACAAAAGCACUCUUUGGAAGUUGGGGAGUGCAGUUGCAGAACGAGGUCAGCAUCUGACACGAGCGCGGGGGAUUCACGGUGUACAUAUGUUCUUGAUGGGCAGUCCAGCUGCAGGCUUUGGUGGGCACCUGGAAGUAGAUGCUUCCAAUGAAUAACAUGAAUAGCCUUGGCUGCCUGUGCUGACUUGGUGGUGAGCAGCACGGACAGGACUGGCGCUGAAGAGCGUGCAGACAGCUCCGAAAUCUGGACUCUCCUUGGUUAGAAAAGGCAAAGAAUGUUCAUGCUAUUCAUGAGGAUACUAUCAGCUUAGCGAAAAUAAAAUAUUACCUGUAAACUUAUACAGUAAGGGCAUGACUAAAACCAACUCACGUGAUAUCCACUAUUUCUACAGCUUCUGAUUGCUCAGCUGCAUCUGUAAUGCCUCUGAACAAACGAGCAAUUGUUGCCUUUGUGGCCAUAACUUGAUAUAAAAGAUCUUUCAGGCUUACUAUUUUGUCAGGUUUGUCCUAGUCUCUUGUCGAGAUUGUGGAUGUGGUCCUACCCUACCAAGGGGGUAUAUGGCUGCUUAACAUAUACUAUGCAGUUUCAUAUUUGCACAUCGAUUUCAUUAARUUAUCCUCCUCGUUGAAAACCAAAAAAAGCAAUCCUAAACUGAGCGAGAAAAGAGCAGCACGGAGAGCACGCAGCUCGAUUUGCAGAUGAUGUGGCUGCCCAAAAGGCUUUUCACUUUUAUAUGCACCAAGGCCACCUCCAGAGCCUGCCGGAGGGCGAGCCCCUGUCCGAGCGUGUUGCUCUCCUCUCUGGGCAGCAACUCCACAACUUUGCAGGGUAGAAAUACUCGGGCACCGUGCAGCUGACUUCMUUCCGAGUAGAUAAAUACCUAUUUAGAGGAUGCAAGCUUCUGCAGAAACACCUAGCAGGUGAACACUGCCCCUUUGUGACUUGCUCGUUCAGGGACAGAGAAGCAGAGCACUUGAUAGCGGCGCUCCUAUUGUAAUAGUCAAUAUUCCAGUGAUGUGCACUUCUGCUAUUGGGCUGCAUAAGGCAAAGCAUGGGAACUAGGUACAUGCAGAUAUGUAUAGGGGUUGUAUGUAAAUGCACACACGCACGAUGGUUAUUUUUAGAUUUUUUAUUGUUAUUUUUAUGCCUUCUUACAAUUUUGAGAGGCUUUUUGGAUAAAACUCACUAAGAGUAGAAAUGAGGGGCUUUUUGGGUAAUAAUCACUAAGAGUAGAAAUGCACAUAAAGCAUUGAAUUUUUCUGUGUAUAUGGCUUAAGGCGGUGCUGCUUGUGGCUACAGGCACAUUUGUGUGAUGAAGUUGUUUAUUAGUAACAKUUUGUAAUGCGGGAUAAGAAGCACUUAAGUUAAACAAGUGGGCAGGAAUCACUUGCAGAGAAGAGAACAGGKGGACAAAGUUACACUCAUUCUGCUUCUAAUAUACAAUUUUAAAUAUUUGUUUUUAUUUAUAUUAGAUGAGAAAAAAAAAAACAAAGCAAAGAUGCAACAAAGCACAGUAACUGUAAGAAAUGCAAAUGUUAGCCAUCAGUUUUAGCAGUAAAAAUGCAGGGAAGUCACUGGUGACAAAUAUGAAAAGACCUGAAGUUUUACUUAAGAUAUUGAGCCAAAAAAAGAGUAUCCACUCCUAUAUCUUUGAAAAAUCUUUUUUUUAAUGUUACAUAAAAUUAAUCUUAAGAGCACAGAACCCCUUGAAGUGGAUGAAUAAGAUCUGUUGUGUCUUGGGGAAGCCUAAAAUCAGACCCUCAGUUUUAUUAGUCACCCUACCUUAUUCAGGAGAUGUCUUGGUUAAGGUGAGUUGCCUGUGACCAGGCGAGGCCAGGGUAGGAGCAUCUCUAGUACGGCACAACAGAGGGAARAAACUGGAAGCCGGGUGUUGCCCAUUAGCUCGGCGACAAGGGGCUGCUGGAUCUGAGCUUCUCCCUUUUGGCAAGGGGUUUUUUYCCCCUUCCCAUUACGUUUUGCAUUUUGAAUUUCUUAGGAUUCGUCUUGAGAAAUAAUUCAAACGUUCCCUGCAGUGCUUUUGUAAUCACGCUGUUUGAUUUGAUUUAUUGCUUCACUGUUUGUGAGACAGAGUAUCGAGCACUGUUUGACAGCUUAACUGUGUGUCAAAGGAUCCAUUUUUGUGCCAUAUAACGGUAGUACUUCAGUUCUUCAUCAGGUCACAGGUGAGCUCUCUUUUUAGUGUUUUCUUUAGGAUAGAAAAAAAAAAAAGGCCUUGGCUGGCCCAAGGUAUAAAAAUUUAGCAUAAAGUUAGGCAAAAAAUGAAAAAUACUGAUUAAUUAUUUUAUAUUUUCUUCUUUCUGCUGAGGAUAUUGGCAUAUGACAGUACCAAGUGAGCAAAAUCCCAUCGGGACCUUACCAAUACCUAUGGAAGGAARCCUUUUGUAUUUGAGGAUGCUUUUGGAUUUAAAUAGCUAUGUAUAUUCUUAAUGAUUUUCCGCACAUACCAGGCAAGUACGUAGGUCUGGCACUGUUCAGUUUAUGCACUGGGAAAGCACAAGAAGUUUUGGGGAAUUCCUGUGCGUGGCCUUUUGGUUCUGGAGGAUAGCAGCACCGUCUAAAGGCUUUGCCCCUAUCUAGCCUUUUGCUUAAGCUGAGAAACCCUUUUUUCUAGACUUCAUUUCACGUGGUGUUUGCAUUGGCUGCACGUUAUCUUCCUAAAGUGUAAGGCACACACUGUCCUCAGGAAUAAUGUAUUUUAUGUAUGGCGAAUGAACUUUUCAUAUUCUAAGUAUUGUCUUUACAAAAAAGAAAAAAAAAAGAAAAAAGAAAAACAAAGACUAGUAUGAAUAGAUUGUGCAUGCAGGCUGCAUUUGUAAAAUCUGACAAAGCUACCAACUGUGCAAAAAUGCUUUAGAUCGUUGCUGAUCUAAUGUGUGACAACUUUGCUCUAUGCAUGCGCCCUUAGAGAGACUGCAUGAGCAAGUACGUAUUUUUAAACACAAAAAGAUUACUCCAAAAUGUCUUAAUUAUUCCUAACCAAAUUCAGCGUCUUGAGCCAGACAAAAAAGAAAACUCCACUUUAAAAACAGUAGAAAACCCAUGCAGGUUAUAGGCAUCUCAUUUCCAAUUACUUUAAUCUAAAGUUAAUUAGAUUUAAUUUGCUCUCCUGAGUCCCCUUCUCUGUAUGGGGAGGUGCACGAAGAGCUUGGGGGUCCCCAUAGGGAUCUGAGGGGGUUGCCUUGGGGUUGAGUGUUGGCAUCCUCUCCUGCAGAGCUCCUAGUUGUGUGUCCUGCUGACACRUACAGCUCCAAAACCAGGCACACUGCGUCAGGGCAGCCCAUCUCUUUCUUUCUUUCCUACCCCUUUUUGCCACUGAAUUUAUGGAGAAAAUGGGGCUUAACACUGAAGUUGUUAUCAGUGACCASGAGGCUACGGUUUCCAUAAUCACGAUAGGCCAUAGAUGUUAUUUCUUUAGUUAUUUCUUUAAGAUUUCUUUAUUUCUUUAAGAUGUCUUUAUCAYGACAACAUGGACACAUUGCUUGUUACCAUGCCCUUUUCCAACUUGUCUUACAUUUUCUUCUGAGGAUCAUUUAGGCUCAGUUGGGCCCYGCUGAAGACUCAAAGAAAAAUGUCCAGAAGGAGUUGGUAAGAGUAAGUUACCUAGAGGUUAAUGGAAAAGUCCCUCAUUUUUUUCUAAGUUUUUUUUCAUAAGGAGUUUUGCAGAACAACAACAGCAAAAAUCUUGGGAAAUCUUGCCCUUGGAGGGCAGUUUGAUGUAGGGAAGGGUGGGAAAUUCAGUGAGGUUUUAUUCUGAAUGUGUCCCUAAGACCAUCAAUCUAAUGUAAGUUCUACAAGUUUGGCACAUUUGGCAUUUCCUUGCUGUGACUUGUUCCACUCCAAGUUCCAGUUAUUGCUGCUGCCAGAGAUAAUUUCUGGAGCUUUGGGAUCCAUUAAUGUUUGCCUGUGAAUGGUUAUAGUGCACCGGGGAAUUAAUUAAUCUUUUGAAUUAUACCACAGUUCAUUUGGUGGUAAUUAGUAUAUACUUAUUAAGGAGCAUUGUAUCAUUUCAGAUUACCUGAAAAUGAUCAUGAUCCAUAAAAUGAAAAAAAAAAAAAAAUCCUUCUUAGAUAGUUAACUUUGACCUUCCAUCACUUUCAUGUAACGCUAUUACAGACCAACUUUUUUACAUUCACUGAUUGUAUAAAUAAAACUUGUUUUAUAGAAAUAGCUGAAUGGGAAGGCAAUAAAGUUAAUGGAAGAUCAAACAAUCACAUUUUCUAUUAAGUUUUUUAUAGUAGAAAAGGGAUAGAGACAAAAAUAAUGGUAUUGGUGAUCACUUAAAAUAUGGUAGUACUUCCAAAAACAUUUAAACUUUUUUAAUCAUGAAAAAAUACUCAUGUUGCUCAUUGGGAGGUGAAAGGUGAAAUAAAUAAACAAGCAUCCUUUCAUAAGAUCAAAUGAUCUUCCCUACCAUUAUGCACAUGCAUUCUAGCRUCCUCCUAAAGACUCUGAGCCGUCCUAGGGCUGCCUUCCGUUUAACAUUGGUUGGAGUUGACUUACAGUGAAGUUUUCUCUCCAACCACAUUGGCUGUAGAUUUGUAUAUUUGGGCCUCAUUUGGGCACAGCACAAAGUUACCCCAAGAGCACAAAGUUCUCGUGACAGCACAAGAAGAGAGAAAGCACCUUGAUAUUCCRUAUUCCACAGGAACAUUUGCGAUGUAGGGCUGGGAUUUAGGCUGGAAAUGCUAGUGGUAUCUUCCCUCCUCACUGCACUGACACCUGAUGUUGUGUUUUUUCCAUUGGCUUCUCCCACCUUUUUGCCAGGACCUUGACAGUGUUUUACAUUCUCUGUAGUUCGCGUUCUUAUUGCUGGGAAUCAGUGGUUAGGAUGCUAACGGGUGAGCAAUUGGCCUCAAACCCAAKGCAGUUUAAGGCUAGUGAGAUUUUAAGCGCUAGGAACAUGGUGAAUUUUCUGUUAGAAACGAGAGGAAAUUCAAUCUCCUUUUUAUUUUCUGUUUUAUGUGUAUGAGAGUUUUGUAUUUAAAAAAAAUCUACCAAGCUUUACUCUAAUUUUUACCUAGAUUAGUAUCACUGAAAUUUCAARUGUUUGAAAUCUCAUGUAAAAUCUAACUAAAUAACAUGCUUCRGUCAUUUUUACACUGAUAGUCCUGGGUAACUUGCAAUAUCAUCGUAAGACAUUUCUUAAGGUGUGUAUAUAUUUGAGAUUUAUGUAAUAUUUAAAUACUACUUGGUUUCUAAGUAAAGAAUUAGAAGAAAAUUUGAACUAUUUUUUCUAUUCAUGAAUCCAAACUUUGUAAGUAAUGUUUGAAACGAGAUUACAAUACUUACCACAAAAUGUUUCAAAUGAAUUGACUUUUAUGCACUACAUGCUGGACGUUCUSUGGCCUGUCAGCUUUUGCUUUCCUUUGUGUUUUAAGGUUACUUUUACAUCCCGAAAUGUACCCCAAAAUUAAAUGAAUUUGC